UGUUUCCAGAAUCCUUAGCGCGAAGUGGGAAAACACUCAUUUAGCUCAGCUUUCUAUGAUCACUGCAGUUUCUUCAGUGGCUUCCCUGUUGCUGGUUCUCUGUGAGAAAUGGCGGCUCCAGAACAGCCGCUGCCGAUGUCGAGAGGCUGCCAGAGCUCUGCUUCGCUUUCUCCGCCGCGGGGCGACCGAACCCUUCUAGUGAGGCACCUGCCAGCCGAGCUAACCGCUGAGGAGAAAGAGGACUUACUGAAGUAUUUCGGAGCGCAGUCCGUGCGCGUCCUGUCCGAUAAAGGGCGACUGAAACAUACAGCUUUUGCUACUUUCCCUAAUGAAAAAGCAGCUAUAAAGGCAUUGACAAGACUUCAUCAACUGAAGCUUUUAGGUCAUACUUUAGUUGUUGAAUUUGCAAAAGAGCAAGAUCAAGUUCAUUCACCAUGUCCUUCUUCAAGCACUGAAAAAAAGAAAAAGUCUGAUGAUACUGUGGAAGAUGAUAAAGAAAAGAAAGAACUUGAUUGUUUAACCAUAGAAAAUGGAAUUGCAUCAAACCAUGGGCUGACUUUUCCUCUAAAUUCAUGCCUCAAGUAUAUGUACCCACCACCUUCAAGCACGAUUCUAGCAAACAUAGUAAAUGCUUUGGCAAGUGUGCCUAAGUUCUACGUACAGGUGCUUCAUCUUAUGAAUAAAAUGAAUUUGCCCACACCUUUUGGACCAAUUACUGCAAGGCCUCCCAUGUAUGAAGACUAUAUGCCACUACAUGCUCCUCUUCCACCUGCAUCUCCUCAACCACCGGAGGAACCUCCUUUGCCAGAUGAGGAUGAGGAAUUAUCUAGUAAAGAAUCAGAAUAUGAAAGCAGUGAUGAUGAAGACCGUCAGAGAAUGACCAAACUAAUGGAACUAGCAAAUCUUCAGCCCAAAAGACCAAAAACAAUAAAGCAGCGCCAUGUGAGAAAAAAGAGAAAAAUAAAGGAUAUGUUGAAUAUACCAUCAUCUGCUUCACACAGCAGUUUACAUCCAGUGUUGUUACCUUCGGAUGUAUUUGACCAACCACAACCUGUAGGUAAUAAAAAAAUUGAAUUCCAUAUAUCUACCGACAUGUCAGCUGCAUUUAAGAAAGAUUUAGAAAAAGAACAAAAUUGUGAAGAACAAAAUUGUGACUUACCUGCUUCUGAAGUUGAUGCAUCCAAUAUAGGAUUUGGAAAAAUCUUCCCAAAACCAAAUUUGAGCAUCGCAGAGGAGAUUAAAGAAGACUCUGAUGAAAUGCCAUCAGAAUGUAUUUCUAGAAGGGAGUUGGAAAAGGGCAGAAUUUCUAGAGAAGAAAUGGAAACACUUUCAGUUUUUAGAAGUUAUGAACCUGGUGAACCAAACUGUAGAAUUUAUGUAAAGAAUUUAGCUAAACAAGUUCAAGAAAAGGACCUUAAAUUUAUUUUUGGAAGAUAUGUUGACUUUUCGUCGGAAACACAACGCAUAAUGUUUGAUAUACGCUUGAUGAAAGAAGGUCGCAUGAAAGGACAAGCUUUCAUUGGACUUCCAAAUGAAAAAGCAGCAGCAAAAGCAUUAAAGGAAGCUAAUGGAUACAUUCUUUUUGGAAAACCUAUGGUGGUUCAGUUUGCUCGAUCUGCUAGACCAAAACAAGACUCUAAAGAAGGAAAAAGAAAGUGUUAAAAAUUAGUAAAGAAGCAUUCCUGCGUAAAUACUGCUGUAAUACUGUCAUACAAAGUGUAUCCUUUCUUGUCGUAUCCUUUUUGGGGCAGUGCUUUUUGGAUUUUCCUGCAAGUGUUUUGUCUCUUCCCAACCCAUUGAUCCAGUUUAAGCAAUAAUUUUUUUUACAAUGUGUUGAAAUGAAGUAUUUUUAAAAUUAUCUGUGUUGAUUGAACAAAUCUUCUAUAUGGUUUUUAGAUUUGUUGCUGAAUUUUCUGUGCUGUCCUUUAGGUUAUGUAGUUUUUCCAGGGAAAGUUAGUGAAUCAGGUCAGCUUUUUACUUGGACAAGGUAUACAUUUGCUUUAACACAAAUUUUAUUCUUGUUUCUUCUAUUUAUGUAUUUUCUAAACCUAAUUCAGUAACAUAUAUGUUUUCUUUUUCAUGAUGUAUCUAGUUUAGGUGUUCUGUAUAUAUAAUGUGUUGUAAAAUUUGAUUGGGUUUUUUUUUUCCUAUUAAAAAGUACAUUUGUUGAAAAUUUAAAUAACUGGAUUUCAAUGUAAAUUCCAAAUAAGAGUAGCAGACCUUACAUCUGAGGUUUUAUUAUUGAGAUAGCAAGUAGAAGUAUCUUUUUUCCUCUUUCUUUUUCUAAGCAAAGUAAAACAAAAGGAAUAAGAAAAGAGUAACAGAGAGGAGAAGACAUAAUGUUGACUCAGGGUAGCUCAAUAAGUGGAAAGAAAAAUUCUGGUAGGUAUGUAAGAGCAGUGGUUUCCAGACUAGUUGAUAACCAGAACCACCUGAACAGUGGUUCUCAGUUUUGGCUGCAUAUUGGAAUGACUUGUGGAACUUUUUAAAAAAAUACUGAGUAAAGAAAACAAUAAUAAUAAACUAAAAAAUAUACUGAUGCCUGGGUUUCUCCCCCAGAGUUUUGAUUCAAUGGUCUGGAUUGCAGCAUACAUAUUAGGAUUUUCAGAUCUCCCAAAGUAUUGGUUCUAAUGUGCAACCAAGGUUGAGAACCACUGAGGAAGAAUUUUUACACAUAAAGAUUCCUGGACUCUGCCCUAGAGCUAAUAAAUCAGAAUCUCUGGAAUCGGGACCAAGAAUCUAAUUUAAAAAGGUCCCUCAGUAGUUCUAAGGACUGACCAGUUUGGAUUCUACUUGUUAGAUUAAAAUGGUAAGGUGGAUCCAAGACACCAGCCUAACCAUCUAAACUUUUAUAAGUAGGAAAAUAAAGCAUUGGAGCCCUUCACAUUUCUUUCUUGCAAAUCCUGCUAUAAAUAGUACGAUGAAACCAAUGAAAAAUUCUCUUAAUCAUUGUCACUCUGAGUACAAAAAGUUAGAGAUACUGAAAUUGCUGUUACUUUUUUCUAUUGGCACAGUUAAAAUGUUUUAUUUU